CUUCCGUUUCACAGGGUGUUGUUGUGUUAUUUGUAAAUAUUUAAGUAAUGUGCUGUAGAAACAAAGAAGUGUUUUUGUAAUAGGAUCCAAAGGAAUUUCAAUACAAUAUAAAAAAUGGCGACCAUGAUGAAGGAGAAGCCUCGUGCGAAGAAGAAACACAAAGAGAAACGCAUUACAAGUACUGAGAUACCCGAAGCCGAAGCUUCUACGAGUAAUUUGCCUAUUAUUGAAGAGAGUAUCCCUUCUGCUCAAGCAGUUACUGAACAAGAUAGGCUUGAAGACACAGAUUUACCUAGAGAUUUCUCUAGUACAUCUACCCAUGAAAAGACUGCAUUAAGUGUUAAUGAAUCUGCUCAAGAAGAAACUUUAUUAGAAGCAGAACAAACCUCCAUUCCGGAAACCGCAAAAAUACAGCAUGAAGCGAAUAUAGAAAAUAAAAUAUCACAAAGUCAAAAUUUAGAUCCAACACAAAGUGCCUAUAAAGAUGUGUGCCAUAGUCUAGAUAUAAUCACUCUUAAAGAUGUUAAAGUAUCUGAUUUACCAAUAGAAGAGCUGGAAUCUAAAUUAAAUGAGUUAGCAUUAGCUUAUAUAAGUGAAAGCACUGACAAUACACAACCAGUUGAAGAAAGUAAUGAAAAUAUAUCUACGGUAACAGAAAUUGUAACACCAUCAGCUCCCAUAUUUGAAGAAUCAAUGAUUUCGGAAACACCUCAGGAACUUCAAAUGACAAAUGAAGUAAGACUAGAAAAACUACAAUGUAUGCCUUUAGAAAUGGCGAUGCAUAUGUUUGGUGGGAGAGAGAUGGCAGAGGUGCGGGAAAUGAGUGAAAGAGAGGAAGCAUUGGCGGAAGGUGGGAAGGCUUUGAGGCCAGAACAUCCUUUGGUGGACUUGUUGUCGACAUACAGAUGUUCAGCAAUAGCAUUAGAACAAGAAAAUGAGAAGGUCUCCAAAGGCUACCAGGAGGAGGAGAGAAGCCGAACAGCUUUGUGGAAAGUGGAGAAGAAGACGGUUUGUGCCACGGAGAAGUGUGGCAAGUGUGAAAAUAGCGUUACUUACACAGGAACGUAUGAACAUGCUACAUUGCUAAAAGAGAAGCUGCCUGCCGCUCAGCUUCGCUUAGAAGGCCUGCUGAGAGACGUGAACGAAUCGUAUUGCACAUAUCAACAUCAGGCACUGUUGGCUUCCUAUCAGAUAGAAGAAUUCAUCUCAGAAACCGUUCGAAGCAACGUCAGCGACAUCAGAGAAGCCCUAACACUAGUGCUGCAAGAACUCCGCGCCAGCAGUUCCAUCACCUGUUUGAAAAUGGAAUACUUCACGGAUUCCUUGAAACGCUGGGCGCGGGCGCUUUGCGGAGCUUUGAUGGCGAAGAGUGAUGUUAGGCAACUCUUGUUUUUACUUCAUCAGCUAUACAGACAAACACACUCAGUGCGAUGGGCGGCGCCUCUGAUUAGACUACCCAUGUGCGAUACUAGCGACGCGGCGCGGGCCCUGGCGAUAUUAGAUCUCAUGUUGUCCGCACCCGUGCUAGAGACGGCCAAGGAGUGUACUGAAGUAGAAAACGAAGAAAUGUGGGAAGAAGUCGACCGCCACGGAGACUCCGGAGCCGUCAGCGAAGGCGCCUUAAGAGAGCAGGACCUAAUAGCCUUGUUGAAGGCAUUUCCUCUACGUGCGUUAGUGGCUAGGAUUGCUCUGCUGCAGCGGACUGACAUAACUCAAACCCGCCCAUACGAAUGGGACCACAACGCGCGUGACGUGCUCCGCGCGUGUUGCGGCGUGCGCGCGUUGGUCGCCGUGCUCACGCGCGCCACGCACGCGCACGCGCAAUACGCGCGCCUGCGCGCUGAGCUGCGCGCGGCCACACACGCUAUGUGCGCUGUGGCUGAGCUCCACAAACAUAACAGAGACUCAUACCCCAAAGAACUGGGUAGUCAAAUCGAAGCGGAGUUAGAAGCCAUAUUCACCGCCGGCUGCCAACUGUGUCCGGGCGAGGCGCCCGCCGUGCUACUGCGGCGCGCCGUCCGCCUGGCCUACUGCGUGGCCCUGAUGACACACUUGCACACGGUCAGUGCACUAGUGACUGGACUAGAUGCUGAGUUACAACUAGUGAAACAGGUCCAAGCUGAGUUAGAAGCCAUAUUCACCGCCGGCUGUGAACUGUGUCCGGGCGAGGCGCCCGCCGUGCUACUGCGGCGCGCCGUCCGCCUGGCCUACUGCGUGGCCCUGAUGACACACUUGCACGAAAAACAACCGCUAGAGCUGGACUGUAUAUCGCUGUCGCUGUCCCUUUCCUGUGGGCAGUGCGUGCACAUCGCCUCCCAAGUAGCAAUUUGUGAAGACAGCGCCGAAAUUCCCGCUAUGGUCGUGGAUUUUCUCGUCCAGGUGGCAUUGAAAGCAAAGAGGAACUGCAAUGGGUCUUGCACGGAUGCUGCUCGAGAAUGUCUGCCUAAAGUGCUGUCACAUCAUGAGUACUUGUACACCAGGGCCGUGCAUAGCAUAGCUUAUGUUCAUCAAUUAGAACCACUACAACCCACAGCGGCCAUAUUUAAACCAUUCUGCCUACAAAGAUGGCGUCCGUCGACCGGCGAGAUACGCGCCGUGCUUGACGACUGGUCGCAACGAAGCCCGCAACUUUUACCGUGUCUACUUCAAGAACUUAGUUAUACACCUUACGAUGGCCUGUCAUUGGAGUCACAGUUAACGCUUGGCUCAUGGUUAAGCGGGCUGCCGUCGCCCACACCGGAUUGGGCUUGGAAUGUGCUCGUACGAAUGCGUGUACAUAGGUCAAGUUGGCGACUACCACUUGACGCUCCGCCCCCAGAGCAUACACAAAACGUGUUCGCGGAGGCCUACGCAGUGCUGUCCAGUUCCUGGGGACAUUCCUUGCCACUGAUUUGUGAGUACGGCGCUCCCGCAUUGGUCCGCGUCGCAACUGCGCGCGCAGGAGUAGCGGCGCAUGCGCUGCCUCUCGUAAUGUCUGCCAUGUUACACUCACCCGUCUCCGUCUCGCUCACUCCACAGUUCUCAUCAUUGACGAGUACAUUACUAGCGCCGCCGCAGUCCUUAGUGCAAUGGGCGCGCGGCGAGAAAGCCGCCACUCCUGAUAUCCUGAUGAGGAGAAUGCUGGUUCAUGUGGAAAAUCAACCCUCGCCAGUUGAUCGCGAGGCGGCAAUAUCAACGUGGCUCCAAGCACUUUGCCAUAUAGGGCUGACGGGUGCUCCGCUAAGGGCCGCUGAUGUUCUACUACUGACCACACCCAACUACAACAUACAGGAGGUCGUAAAACCCGAAGUCAUAUCCCACCUGGUCCGCAACGCAGCGCACGCACCAUUGACGUGCGCAAGCGCAUUGCUCGCGUCGCACGCACACAACGAGCUGCCGAUUUUGUUCCCGCGAUUAUUGCAGCUCUUGGCGGAGCAGCGCGCGCACAAACAGAAGAUACACGUCGACAAUGCGCUCAAACAAAUCGGAAGCGGUAUUACGUCGGAGGAGUUGGUAAUACAUCAGACUGCCGCAGCUUUACUCGCGCCGGCGGGACAUCCAACGUUACCGCUCUGGCGGCUGUUUAUGCAUCUAUACCUGCACUCUUCCAACAUCUCCUCGGACCCAGCCCCAAUCGGCCCUCUAUUCUUCUCAGGCCUCAUCAAAUCUCGGACCCUCGCUCAACUAAAAAAACGACUUCACGAAACCAUCCUCUACCACCACAGCCAAUCAGAAGCCUGCAAACUUCUACUCAACAAACUUAAACCAAUAGAAUCCAAGUCUAGUUCGCCUGAAACGCCAGCGCCAUCUAUCGGUGGUUUGAGAUCUAAGUCAAGCUCGCCUGAAAAUUUAACGACAUCUAUCGGUGGUUUGACGGAUAGUGAGAGCGAGACGGAAAGUGAAAUGGAUGAUGUGUCGGUUAUUGAGGAGAAAAGGAGGACCAAUGUUAAUAUGCUGGCGUACCAUGAGGGCGCGGAAAAGAUGCUGCGUGAGUACAGUUGCUGGCUCGAGGCGGGUGAAAGACUACGGGCUACGCCGCAUCACGCUGAUAUUGCACGCUUCAUACCGCCCGGUGCUUUAAACACAGCAUGGGCGGAGUAUCUCACUUCUAUCCGUCCCACUCGCUCCAACGACGACGACGAUUUGCGCGCGCCGAAACGACCAUCGUCACCUGACCCUCCGUUAACUCCUCUACAGAGCGCUGUACAGAAGAUUCUUAUGAUUAAUGACCGUUCUGAAAAGAGGAAAGAGGCACUCACAAUUACGUCGCCAGUGGGUGAUGUGGAGUUCGACCAUCCGCGGCAGUUAUAUAUGCUGGUCGACAAACAUCUAGCCAACGUAGAAACAUUUGCCAGGCAAUGGUCAUCAGACGUGAACAGAGUAGCCACACUUGACACAAAGCUAUGGCCGCUAGUUCGUGCGCUGCGAUUCCGGAAGACACUGCCAUCUGUGCGCAAGACCUGCCCCAACAGUUGCGGGGUCGUCAUAAUAGACCUACAUGAAUAUAACGAGUGGCCCAUUUCAGAAAACGCCACUCGUGGACUGGCAGAAAACAGGUCAAGCGCAAAGGCAGCGCUGCGCGAGUUGCUUCGAGCUCGGCCCAACGACGCGAAGACGGUUGCCGCUUUAAACACUAUUGCUAGACGUAUCAACACCCGCGAGACAGCUGUGAACGUGGCGCAGCGCGUGUGGGCCUGCGCGGGCGCAGUGGCCGAGUGCUGCGCGGCGCACGCGGCUCUCACGGGCGUGCUGGAGCUGUUGGCCGAUAAAUGGAUCUGCUCAGACGCCGUCUCGCUAACAGCGCUAGUCCCACAAUGGUGCGCGAACGCGUCAUCGCCGGUGCAGCAGGCGUUGUGUCGCGCGUUACUAAGUAGAGCUGGUUCGGGCGGUCAUACGCUUUAUGUGUCUCUACUCCGAGCCUUGUGCGGAGCUCAGCCAUGCGAGCCGCAACGAGCGUUUAGCUACUUGUCCAAGUUCGACUUGUCUCGGCAUGUGGACGAGUCAGCUCGCGGCGAAAUGUUAGAAGCGGUUAUGGCUGCCGCGCAGCGAUGGGGCCGUGACCCUAACCCCGACUUACACGUACUUCUGGAGUUAAUCGGCGUCCACAUCAUAAACCUCACCACGGCCGUACAACUUCCUACAGUGGCCUUGAACGCAGCGCGCGCGGCCGCGGCGGGUCACUUACCACCUCUUAGCCUAGGUCAUGUCGCUCGCUCCGCUAGCGUGGCUAAACAAGUGCCUUUUGACAAGCUAGGACACCUACUCCGUGAGCUCGGCGUGAUAUGGUGGCGCGCGCGCGCCGACCUACAAACCUCAAAUGCAACGUUCCACGCUUCUUACGCCGAGCAUGUUGCGGCGUUGCAGCACGCGUUACAGCGCGCGUUCGUAUCGCAGGCUGUAGCUCUCAGCUACGCUCCAGAAAGAGUGGCUGUAUACGCGUGGUCAGCGCUACAAGAGUCAUGGUCAGCGUGGAUAUCACCUCACCCCACCCUCCCCCCGCUGCUGACCGGGGAGCCGUACGCCACCGUGCUCAAACAGUUCGUCGACAACGUACACCAGUGUAUGCUGGACUGCCCAGGUUGCGAAGAACCCCUCCUAAGUCAAGUGUGGGAGUGGACGGUCCAGGUCUAUUUGAAUAUAACCAGCGCGCCGUCGGCUGCCAGGGAUAGCAGAGUUCAGUUGUCGGAGUUACUAGCUCAAAUGGGCAAGCUGCCGUGGAGCGAACAUCAAUGGCCUGGUGCUAAUUGCCUCCACGCUGCGCUGCAGAUAAUCACAAGUCCCGACUUGGAGAUCCAGACAUGGCUAGCCGACACACUUCGUGGCAUCGAAGCAAACACCUGGCUACGCGGCGCUCAAGACUGUGACAUCGCUCCGAGACUAGCUGCGUUACUGCAACUGUUCACAGGACCGUUGCGACUACGGACUGAGACGUUAGAGCAAGCAGUACACCUGCCGUGGCAGCGGCUACCAGAAAUGGCGCUGGACCAGGCGCUCCAACGGUUCUUCGUCGAUCACCACAACCCCCAGCAUCCGUACCACGACACACCACAGUUUAGAGUAAUACUAGCAGCAAGCGGUCUAGACCCGCCCUGCGCGUACGCACGACCCCGCCGCGCGUGCGCCGUCUCGCAGUGGACCCGCGCCGCGAGCGCACCCACGCUUGUCAGCCAUGUUGGCUCCCAGGCGCACGAGUUACUGCAACUGCUCGCUGCACUCGAACCUUACGUGGAGGAAAGCAGUGACGAGUUAGAAGAACUUUUGUCCCGUGCUGUAGUCAUCAUGUGCAUGGAACCAGCGGCUGCUGAGGCUCUGCCGGUGUGGGUAAAAUGGAUCGCCAGCGCCACGCCGCGGCUACUCAGAGCGAUGUUGUCGGCUGCACGAGCACUCACCACUUUGGAUUACUUCGGAUCCAUCGCCGACGCUACCGCUGCUGCUUUCAUGAAUGCGGGUGGCACAUGGGUCGAGAUAUCGGCCCGCUGGCGCGGCUGCGCGUGGGCGGAGCCCGGCGCGCUCGUGCAGCGCGGCCGUUUGCACACGGCCUAUGCGCUCGCGCAGACUUCGCCUUUUAGACCCGCUGACCUGGCUUCUAUCGGCAAUUUCGCCAACAAGGAACUGAUAAUAUCAGUAUGGAUCUGCGCGCUGUGCCGAGCGGCGCUUAGUUCCAGCGCUGACGUUGAAACAGCGAAAACGCAACUUUCUCGCUGGGCGGAACCGCCACGAAUGGCUCUACUACGGGUCCUUUCUAACGCUGAUGAGCCUACCAACAGACACCGCCUCCUCUGCCGGCUGGCACUCUGCCUCAUCACGCCCAACUCUGACCUGACCAACCUCCUCCGCGCGCAAGAGGCCUGCCCCACCGUCUCUCAAGCGGAACUGACUACUUGGCUCAAGUCACCCAGUGUGAAACAUGUAGUGAAGUGUGCUGUGGCACUGUUUCCUGGGUCGGACAACUAUUUUGCUGAAGAAUUGAGACUGGCUGGUGAUUUGUAAACUAUCUCUGUAAAUGAAAAAAAAAACGAUCUCAAUGGUAUAAGCGUCUUUCAAGCAGAACUGACUACUUGGCUCAAGUUACCCAGUGUGAAACAUAUGGAGAAUUGUGCUAUUGCGCUGUUUCCUGGGUCGGACAACUAUUUUGCUGAAGAAUUGAGACUGUCUGGUGAUUUGUAAACUAUUUGAAAGGUAGUCUAUAGUUUUGUAAAGGGUUACCC